AUGAUGUGGAUCCUGUGUCUGGCACUCUGCGGCCUGCUGACAGGCACACGAGCUGACCCCGGCGCAGUGCUGCGGUUGGGCAUGGACAUCAUGAACCAUGAGGUCCAGAGCGCCAUGGAAGAGAGUCAUAUCCUGGAGAAGAUGGCAGCUGAGGCAGGCAAGAAGCAGCCUGGGAUGAAACCCAUCAAGGGCAUCACCAAUCUGAAAGUGAAGGACGUCCAGCUGCCCGCCAUCACACUGAACUUUGUACCUGGAGUGGGCAUCUUCCAGUGUGUGUCCACAGGCAUGACCAUCACUGGCAAGAGCUUCAUGGGCGGGAACAUGGAAAUCAUCGUGGUCCUGAACAUCACAGCCACCAACCGGCUUCUGCAGGAUGAGGACACUGGCCUUCCCAUGUUCAAGAGUGAGGGCUGUGAGGUCAUCCUGGUCAACGUGAAGACCAACCUGCCUAGCAACAUGCUGCCCAAGAUGGUCAAGAAGUUUCUGGACAGCACCCUGCACAAAGUCCUCCCUGGCCUGAUGUGUCCAGCCAUCGAUGCGGUCCUGGUGUAUGUGAACAGGAAGUGGACCAACCUGAAUGACGCCAUGCCCGUGGGCCAGAUGGGCACUGUCAAAUAUGUCCUGAUGUCCACACCAACCACCACAGCCAGCUAUAUCCAAGUGGACUUCAGUCCUGUGGUGCAGCAGCAAAAAGGCAAAGCCAUCCCGCUGGCGGGUGAUGGGGAGGCCCUCGAGUUCCCCAAGGGCUACGCCGAGGGCUCGUCACAGCUGCUGCUCUCAGCCACCCUCCUCACAGCGGAGCUCACCCUUCUGCAGAAGUCCUUGGAUGUGAAGGUCCAGAACAUGACGGUUGGUAAGCUGCCCCCACAAACCACUAAGACACUGGCUGCCUUCAUCCCUAAAGUGGCUAAGGCCUAUCCCAAGCCAAAGCACUUGGUGACACAUAUCAGGAUAAACAAGCCCCCCAAGGUGACCAUGAAGACAGGCAAGAGCCUGCUGCAACUCCACAGCACCCUGGAGAUGUUUGCAGCUCGGCGGCGGGGCAAGCCUCCUGUGUCCCUCUUUCUCCUGGAAGUUCAUUUCAAUCUGAAAAUCCAGUACUCAGUGCAUGAGAACCGGCUGCAGAUGGUCACCUCUCUGGACAGAUUACUGAGCCUGUCCCGGGAGUCUUCAUCUAUUGGUAACUUCAAUGAGAAGGAAUUAACUGGCUUCAUCACUGAUUAUCUCCGAGAAGCCUACAUCCCAGUCAUCAAUGAUGUGCUCCAAGUUGGACUCCCGCUCCCAGACUUUCUGGCCAUGAAUUACAACCUGGCUGAGCUGCACAUCGUGGAGAAUGGCCUGGUGCUAGACUUGAAGCUGGAAUGA